AUGCCUGCACCAACGUUUAUGCGUGGUGCUGCACCAUGGCGUAAUACAAUUAAAUAUUUAGAGUCUGGUACAAUUGUUUUUCGUCCAAUUGUGAAAAUAUUUACCAUGAAUUAUACAUUGGAUAAACCAAGUAGCGAUGGUUUACGACGUUUUAUUUUUUGGCAUUUAGCACAAAUUCAAUAUAAAAAUCCUCAUGUACAAUGUGUCCAAUUUAAAAAUACAACGCCAACGCCAUUUGUAUCAUUUUAUUGUUCAAAAGAUCAUUCACUACAAGAUGCAAAUGAACAAACUCUUGAUAAUGAUCAAUCGUCUUCGCCAUCGUCAACAACUGACUAUGAAAAAGUGCAUAUGGAUUGUUAUAAAAAGACAAAAACUGAAAUUCAUAAUUGGAUUCAACGUAUAAUGGGUAAAUCAGAAUUACAACAACGUAUUGAUUCAGAAUUGACAGCACGUCUAGAAAAUCCGGCUAAUUUUGGUAAAGAUUGUGCACAUUAUUGUAUGUGUUUGGUAAAUGGACAAAUGGCAUGCUCUGGAAAGAAAGUAUUGCCAGCACAUUUAAGAGGAAAAUAUUUUCGAUAUAAAAUUGAUGAAUUAGAAGAUAUAAGAAAAACAAUGACAGAUGAAGAAGCUAUGAAAGAUUAUUGGGAAAGGCCGUUUUAG